GACGGAGGGAGUCCCGCUUUCUGAACUCAAGCUCUAGGAACCAGGAGACAGCGGUGCCCGGCGCAGGCAGAGCGCCCUCGGAGGCGGACACCUGGCACCCACACCCCGCCAUGGUGCGCUCCCCCAGCCGGCGGCUGUCGCCGGUGGUCUUGCUGCUGCUGAUGAUGUUGCUGCCCCUUGGAGCUGGAGACUCCCUUCCCACAGAGAGCCGGUUCAAGAACAGUUGUAUCCAGGCCAGGAGGAAGUGCCAGGCUGAUCCCACUUGCAAGGCUGCCUACCACCACCUGGGUUCUUGCACCUCUAGUCUAAGCACCCCAUUGCCCUUAGAGGGGUCUUCUUUCCCUGCAGACUGCCUAGAGGCAGCAGAGAAACUCAGGAACAGCUCUCUGAUGGGCUGUACAUGCCACCGACGCAUGAAGAAUCAAGCUACCUGCCUGGACAUCUAUUGGACCAUUCAUCCUGCCCGCAGCAUUGGUGAUUAUGAACUGGAUGUCUCCCCCUAUGAAGACCCAGUGACUAGAAAACCCUGGAAAAUGAAUCUCAGCAAGCUGGACAUACUCAAACCAGACUCCGAUCUCUGCCUCAAGUUUGCUAUGCUGUGUACUCUUAAUGAGAAGUGUGACCGGCUACGCAAGGGUUACGGGGAGGCCUGCUCAGGACACCACUGCCAGCGCCAAGUCUGCCUUGGACAGCUGCGCUCCUUCUUUGAGAGGGCCUCUGAGCCUCAUGCGCAGGGCCUGCUGCUGUGCCCCUGCUUGCCCACUGACCGCGGCUGUGGGGAGCGUAGGCGCAACACUAUUGCUCCCAGCUGCGCACUGCCAACUGAGGCCCCCAACUGUCUGGAUUUGCAGAGCCUCUGUUUCACGGAUCCGCUGUGCAGAUCACGCCUGGUAGAUUUCCAGACCCACUGCCAUCCUAUGGACAUCCUGGGGACUUGUGCAACAGAACAGUCCAGAUGUCUGCGAGCAUACUUGGGGCUGAUUGGAACUGCCAUGACCCCCAACUUCAUCAGCAACAUCAACACUAGUGUUGCCCUAAGCUGCACCUGCCGAGGCAGUGGCAACCUGCAGGAGGAGUGUGAAGGGCUGGAGAGGUCCUUCUCCCACAACCCCUGCCUCAUGGAGGCCAUUACAGCUAAGAUGCGUUAUCAUAGCCAGCUUUUCUCCCAGGACUGGGAAGACGCCACCUUUUCUGUGAUGGAGCAUGAGAAAAACUCUGCUCUGAGGCCACAGCCCUGGAUGCCCUUUCUUUUUUCCUGUACAUUUACCUUGAUUCUACUUUGGAGCCUCUGGUAGCUGAAUUUUACCCAGAGGCCUUCUUCCUCACUACCACACCCAGCCUGAUUGCAACCUAUGAAGGGUGAAAAAAGAACAGCAUCCAGAGGAGGUGCAGUGCACAACAUGGCAGCCCCAACCCUACCUGGAACUUGCAGUUGGCUCCAGAUGAGGCCAUAGUAGAUGCUACUGGCUAUGACCUCCAGAUCCUAACUAGCUAACCUCAUUCCUCCACCACUUUUAUCCUCAUUUCUGACUCAGGCUGCCCUCCUUAGGAUUUAAUGGCUAUCAUUUAGCCAUGUCUUCUGGUGGUGACCAGCUCCACUAGGCUCUCUCCUUCCUUUCUCCCAUCCACACAUAAUCAUCCAGAGUCUAACAAAUCAGUCAUUCCUUAUUGCAUUCUUCAGGUAGGCAGGGCUGAAAGUUCUGUGGCAGCCUAGAAAGACAUUUUUCUUGUGAAGAAGGUUGGAGCAAUACUCCUGACCCCUUGUUCCUUCCUUUGAAUGGAGGAUGGAAACCUUCUGCCUGCCCUGCUCUGCCCUGGGAUCCUGGAGAACAUUUGGAAAUCAGGAGCUGAAGCCUUUGGUCCUUGCUUUAUUCCUACUGCUGUUCUAAAGCCCCCUGACCUCUUGGAUCAUGAUUAAACAUUUUGACCCAA